AUGGAUUGGGCGGCUUCGAAUCUCCCUCAGACGAAGUCUAACACCUCUCCCCUCUCCAAAGGCCCCACCGCCAAUCUCAACUUGGAUGCCCAACUACAGCGCGAGCUGUCUCGGCUCGAUGACUCCAUCCCGUUCAACCCCAAAGGCCGGUAUCUGCAUCAUACAUGGGCACAGACGUUCUUCUCACGCCCGGAGCUGUAUUUUCAGCCCUCUACGAUCCCCGAGUUGCAGAAGGUGGUCACCCUUGCACGAAGAUGUCGAAAGCGCAUUUGCGUGACAGGAUUCGGGCAUUCGCCAUCCGACCUCACGUGUACCUCGUCGUGGCUAGUCAACCUCGACAACCUCAAUCAGGUCUUGGAGAAGAGGGUUGAUGGUACCCCCGGCCUCUAUCGCAUCCAGGCUGGCAUAUCUCUGCAUGAUUUGAAUGUUGAACUUGCCAAGGACGGCUAUACCAUGCCCAACUUGGGAUCUAUCGACGUUCAAUCGGUCGCGGGAGUCAUAUCAACUGGAACGCACGGCUCAAGUCUCAGACACGGCUUGAUCUCCGAAUCCGUCACCUCCAUGACCAUUCUUCUUUCCAAUUCUCAGCUAGUCACAUGCUCGGUGACGAAAAAUCCACAACUCUUCCGCGCAGGCCUUCUCUCGUUGGGCGCCUUGGGUAUUAUUGUCGAGAUGACCAUCCAAGCCGUCCCUGAUUUCAAGAUCUCCUGGUCUCAAUCCCUUCACACCUUGACUUCUGUUCUUGAUUCAUGGGACACCGACCUCUGGACGAAGGACGAAUUUACUCGUGUUUGGUGGCUACCUUAUCUCAAACGUGCAGUGGUCUGGCGCGGCUCAAGAACUGACGCCCCCAGUCGCCCCCCGAACACAACUUUCUACGGAGGCAUGUUCGGCUACUACGUAUAUCACAAUUUGCUCUGGCUAUCCAACACCUUCCCCCGAAUUUUGCCAUGGAUAGAAUGGUUCGUUUUCGGCAUGCAAUAUGGCUUCAAACCGGGCAGCUUUGUCAUGUCUGCGGUGCAACCUGCCCGCGAGGGGCUGCUCAUGGACUGUCUCUAUUCUCAGUUUGUGAACGAAUGGGCCUUACCACUGGACAAGGGUCCUGAGGCGAUCACUCGGCUCUCCGCGUGGAUCAACCAUGACGAUGCCGCCGCGCGAAUUCCCAUCUCUAGUAAAGGAAUCUGGGUGCAUUGUCCCGUUGAAGUCCGUGUCACCCAUACUGGUCAGGAUGCCCCCAACCGUUCCCGUGUGAGGCCGUACCUUGACCCUACCGUCCCCGACGGCCCGACGCUUUAUCUGAAUGCGACUUUAUACCGGCCGUACGGCCGCGACCCACCUUGUCAUGUCGCCUACUACGAGGCUUUUGAAUAUCUCAUGCGAGAGCUCGGCGGAAAGCCGCACUGGGCGAAGAAUUUCUCAGAUACGUCGGGUGGAUAUAUCAACGAGGCAUAUGGCGAUGAUAUGCGUGACUUCAUGAAAAUCAGGGAUGAAAGUGAUCCCGAGGGCAUGUUUUUAGGGGAGUGGCACAAGAGAAAUUUCCCUUUGAAGGCAACUGGAGGGAAGGACGCGCAACCAGGAUUCAGGUUGAUGGAGGAAGAAGCCCGCCGGACGAAGAAGGGGCUCGGCUGGGGAUUUGGAGAUGGUAUUUUGUGGGAAGGAAGGCGGGCUGCGCCGGCGACAGCAGACGACGACAACGAGUUGAGAGACCUCGCGGCGGACAUGGGACAAGACAAGAAGGUUGGAGAUGGAGAUGAGACUCCGAGCCCACCCGCGACCACGACGAGCGAGGAGUCGUUUGACUACAUGGCCAAGGGAGAAGCAAGUGUUUAUGGUGUGACAGCGGAUGGAGAAUAA